GAUGAACAAACAAAAACAUCACUUGAGAGCAAAGAUCUGGGCACCGCCACAAUACAACGAUCGAUGCAUACAAUAGGAAAGCUUGAAAGCUCGAUGAAGAUGAAUGCAAGGAUGCGUUGUGGCCUCCAGACGGCGCUCUUUAUCCUCCUUCUGAUUCCGGUGAUGAUUCCGGUCGGUGAGGCGAUCUGGCUAGACGUGCCUCCCACCGGAACAAAGUGUGUAUCCGAAGAAAUUCACAGCAAUGUCGUCGUUUUGGGCGAUUAUCUCAUCAUCUCAGAGGACAAUUCCAACUUACCCACUAUCUCCGUCAAGGUGACAUCCCCAUAUGGAAACAAUCUGUACCACAUGGAAAACGUAACGCAUGGCCAAUUUGCAUUUACAACCCAAGAAUCCGGGAACUACAUGGCGUGCUUUUGUGCAGAUUCAAAGAGUCACGGAAAUCAAAAUGUUAGCAUCAACGUUGACUGGAAGACUGGAAUCGCUGCUAAGGAUUGGGACUCUAUUGCUAAGAAAGAGAAGAUCCAGGGUGUGGAGCUGGAGAUUAGGAAACUUGAAGGCGCGGUCGAAGCCAUCCAUGAAAAUUUACUCUACCUAAGAGACAGAGAAGCAGAGAUGAGGACAGUGAAUGAGAAAACCAACUCGCGUGUAGCUUGGUACAGUAUAAUGUCGCUGGGUAUUUGCAUUGCUGUCUCUGGUUUACAGGUAGUCUACUUGAAGCAAUAUUUCGAGAAGAAAAAGCUUAUAUAAUACUUUCACUCAUCGAGAUCCUUUGAAGACUUUUUUUGUAGAAGGAAUAAUAUUUUAUUCAUUCAGUUCCUCUCCUUUCUUUUCUUGUUCACACUCUUUUUGACUGAUGCUGUAAAAUUUUCUCCUCGGAUUUUUCUUGUAGCUUCUCUUUCUUUAGGUUUUAUCAUUUCUAAUUCUUGAAAA